CAUGGUGCCAGACGGACCAAGCAAAACUCACACCAUAGAGGACGGCAGACAACCACACGAUUCCCCCCGGGGCAACGGCAGCACUUUAUCGCCACGGCAACCAAAGGCGAGCAACUCUUCCAAGACAACAGCCAACUCCAUCAACGGCAGCCAGGACUUGGCCCCGCCCCUGCUGGUGGAGCCCUCGCUGUCCUGUCCAUACGCCAACCCGCUCGCACCCCUGCCUCCCUCGGACGCGCCGCUCACCGUGGGCUCCUACCCCAGCGCCAAGAGCUUCCUGGGCAUGAGGGCUCGCGAGCUGUUCCGCAACAAGAGCGAGAGCCAGUGUGACGAGGAACAGCCGCCGACGCGCCUGGCCGGCCUCGCCCACGGCCUGAAGACUGAGCUGUGCGUGGAACCGCCUUUCCCAGGUUAUAUCGCCCCUGUCUGCCCCGCACCUUCCUCCAUCCUGACUCCGCCCCCUGCCCCCGCCCACGCUACUCCUCUUACCGUGCCCACCAAGGAGCCCCCUUCUGAGUCCAAGCAGCGGGCCUCCAGCCAGGAAAGCCCCCGCAGGAAGGCAGGCGGAGGACGGGGUCAGGCGGGCUCAGGGCGCCCCCGGCAGCAGCAGCUAAAGAUCAUGGACUAUAACGAAACACAUCACGAGCACAGUUAGAGACACGAAUUGAGCCGGGACGCGGGGCAGGGCGGACGUUGAAAGACUGAAGUUUAACGAUGAAGAAGAGCUACAAAUCAGCAAAAGAGUAACAAGUCAGCAACUCUUUGGAAUUCAGUGUUAUUUGUUCCAUUCCUCAGAGUGGACAACAGGAUUUCCCACAAUGUUUUUCUACUUUUUUUUUUGUAUUUUUUUAAUUCUAAAUCAUUCCCCUGACGAUUUUUGAAAAGGUGACAAGGAUACAACAAGUCCAUGUGUUGGAGAGGAGAGAUGCUAGUCUUACGGAUUUGUUGAUGAGACAAAGAUGAAAUCAAAGUUAUCAAUAGCUUAGAUGUGACACUGUGAGUCUCACGUUUAAAUGGUCAUUUCACCCAAACUGCAAAAAUCUUGCUUGGCGACAGCUGUAUAAAAGCCAUGCAGAUAGUCAGGCUUAAAUUAAUCCAAAUUCUCAGAUAUCUUUCUCUGAGAUUUCUGCCUGCGAAGCCAACACAAUAGAAAUUGAUGGAUUUGUGUUUUGUGAUGCUCAAGUCAUUGAUGAGUCCUUCCAGGAAUUUCACAGGCCGUUUUUUAGGAUUCUUACGACCUUCUUUCACGCCAGCUUUUCA